AUGGCGGUAUAUACCACACGUGCGGUGUCCUCAUGCGCAAAACAGCUGUUCAACAGGUUAUAUAAUUCUACCAGAAGGUCAAAUCAAAUGUUUUUGACCGAACAAUGUUGUAAACAAUCAAGAUCUUUUGGCCAAUUACCAUCACAGGGGAGAUUUUCCUCAGAUCGGGAGCGUAAAUCGAGGUUUUCUGCAGGCUAUGCUGUUGGAACACUUGCGUUCUCCAGGGGUCUGCUCAUGUUGCUUGGCCUGGGAAAGAAAGAAGAAGAAGAUCCAGUGAUAAGUUUGUUCCGAGAGGCACGACUGGCACAGCAUGAGAAAAACUUUGACAAAGCAGAAUAUUAUUUUCAUGAGGCACUUAAAGUUGCUGCGGAAAAUCACAAAAAGACCGACAUGACAACUCGAGAUUACCUCUUUGCCAAAACAAACAUCUUUGACAGUCUUGCCGACAUGGCUCUAUCCAGAGGUCAGUUCGACAAGGCAGAGAAAUUAUACAAGGAGACAAUGAAGUGUUGCUUUGAGGUUGGUGUUGAGAAAGAUGAUAACUCAGUGAUUGAAAUCUCGAUCAAACUAGCAAGUAUCUAUGCCAUGCAACACAGAGAUGCUGAGGCACGGACAGGAUUCGAGUUCUGUAUAAAAACACAAGAACAGAAAGUGAACGAGUUAGAUGACACAGACAAGGACACAGUGGCACUUCUUGGUCUUGCAUUGGAGAGUUACGGAAGGUACCUCAUGUACCAGAAACAACUCGACAAGGCACUGCCGUUGAUUGAAAAGGCUGUGACUGUUGCGACUUCAGCUUUAGGGGAGGAACACCCACAGACGCUUAUUUUACACAAUGAUCUGGCUACACUGAAUAUUCUCCGUAAAAAUUACGGGCCAGCUGAGAAAACUUUGAAAUAUGCCAUAGAGGUUGGAGAGAGGGUUGAGUCGAGUGAGGUGCCAGCGUUGUACUGUAACCUUGGAGCUCUGUACAUGCGUAAGUCAGAACUUGAAGCUGCAAAGAAAGCCUGCAGCCAUGCUUUACAACUGGCUAAGAAAAUGAAAGACACUACAUCGGCACAUCAAGCACAGAAAUGUCUGGAUAAAAUUUACAAGGUUACCAGACAAAGUAAAAGUAGUUAAUAAUAUGCUCUUUAGAUUUUUGUUUAUCAUUUAAUUUAUUUGAUAUUGUUAACUUAAGUUGUAUUUUACCAUUGCUGUGUAUGCUUUGAAGAGAGACCAAGGUAUGUAUUUAUGUCAGUUGUAACUUGAUAAGAAUUAUCAGUUUUUGUCAUUAGUGGUAGUCUCACGUAUAAUAUUCAUCAAGGGACCUGUUUAUAAUUUAUGAGUUGUGCAUUAUUACCAAGUCAUUAUAUGUUUUGCAUUUUAUUUAAGUAUUUUACAUAAUCAGCAUAGUUUCUGUGGAUCAAAUUCUUGACAGGUAUUCAAAAUUAAGAAAAAAAGUCAGGGUUUUCUCAAUCUCUUAUUCCUAAUGAAACAUCCCUGUUACAAUGUAUAGACAUAAUGUAACAUAUCUAUUGUAUCAUGAUAUAGGGUUUGUGAAUGGAUGUAUUGUAAUGUGGCCUUCGUAUCAGGACACAAGUCCUGUUACGCUUCAAACUUUCAUAGAACUGAACCAUAUCCCAUCAUGGAUUCAAUUUGUUAUUCAUAGUGCACAAGAAUCAAGGAUUUAACAUUAUUUUUUGUGUUUUACUUGGAAUUUGCCUGUUGUUGAUAUGUGUGAUAUGUAAAGAUGUAAAAUGUAUGUAAAAUGGAAGAUUUAGAAGAUAUGCAGAAGCGUAACAUGUGUCAUUUUGCCAAGGCUGCUUAAUGUUACCUGUGAAGAUCCGGAUUAGAAUUGGUCUUCAGCAACCUAUGCUUGACAUAAGAGGCCACUAACGGGAUCGGGUGGUCAGGCUCGCUGACUUGGCUGAC